AUGGCCGACCCGGCCGUCAACGCCCACCUGGAGGGCAUCAUCUCCGACUUCGAAGCUCUGAAAAGAUCUUUUGAGGUCGAGGAGGUAGAUCAGUCUUCAAAUUCCUCCACUCCACAAAGACGGACCCCAAACCCUCUCCUUAGGUCCACCGUGUCCAGCUCCACACAGAAGUUUCAGGAACUUGGUGCCAGGAAUUUGGAGCUACCUGCCCGACAUGUGGACCUCACAGGCCAAAGAUCACCCAAGCCUUCUCUGAGGAGGGUGGAGCUCUCUGGACCCAAACUGCCUGAGCCGGUGUCCAGAAGAACAGAAAUCUCCAUUGACAUCACGUCCAAGCAGGUGGAGAACUCCACCUCAGGGCUGUCAAGGUUUGGCCUCAAAAGAGCAGAUGUGCUGGGGCACAAACCCCCUGAGCCCACCCCAAGGAGGACUGAGAUCAUCCUCGGCAAGCCCCAGGAGCCGAGUCUCCGGAGGGUGGAGGCGCCGGCAUCAAAGAUCCCUGAGAUGCCUCAACGAAGAGCUGAGGUGGCCAACGCUCCCGUGCCCGACAUGGCCACCAAGCGCGUGGAAAUUCAGGUAGCCAAGGCUGCUGAAGUCCCAGCCCCACCGGCACGGCAAGCGGAGAGCUCAGAGCCUCCCUUGGCCACCCAGCCUCCCCAGGCAGAGCCAAAGCCACAGCCAGUGCUGAUGGAGAGCCCACCAAAGAGAGAAGAAGGUCCAGAAGCAGUUCCCAGCCAGGCCCCCGGCAUGACGGACGCUCCGAGGGAUGCCGGCCCCAAGCAGGCAGCACCGGCACGGCCGGAGAAGCCGGCUGCAGACUUCGGCUACGUGGGGAUCGACGCCAUCCUGGAGCAGAUGAGGCGGAAAGCCAUGAAGCAGGGCUUCGAGUUCAACAUCAUGGUCGUGGGUCAGAGUGGUUUGGGGAAAUCCACGUUAAUCAACACCCUCUUCAAAUCCAAGAUCAGCAGGAAAUCUGUACAGCCAACCUCUGAAGAGCGGAUCCCCAAGACCAUUGAAAUCAAAUCCAUCACUCAUGAGAUUGAAGAGAAAGGGGUUCGCAUGAAACUGACAGUCAUCGACACCCCAGGCUUUGGAGACCACAUCAACAACGAGAACUGCUGGCAGCCCAUCAUGAAGUUCAUCAACGACCAGUAUGAGAAGUACCUGCAGGAGGAGAUCAACAUAAACCGGAAGAAGCGGAUCCCAGACACGCGGGUGCACUGCUGUAUAUACUUCAUCCCAGCCACUGGCCACUCGCUCCGGCCGCUGGACAUUGAGUUCAUGAAGCGCCUGAGCAAAGUGGUCAACAUCGUCCCCGUGAUUGCCAAAGCCGACACCUUAACGCUGGAGGAGAGAGACUACUUCAAACAAAGGAUAAUGGCUGAUCUUCUUGCCAAUGGCAUCGAUGUGUAUCCUCAGAAGGAGUUUGAUGAGGACUCUGAAGAUCGGCUAGUGAAUGAGAAAUUCAGGGAAAUGAUCCCGUUUGCAGUGGUGGGCAGUGACCAGGAGUACCAGGUUAAUGGAAGAAGAAUUCUUGGAAGGAAGACCAAGUGGGGCACCAUUGAAGUGGAGAACACAACACACUGUGAGUUCGCCUACCUGCGGGACCUCCUCAUCAGGACACACAUGCAGAACAUCAAGGACAUCACCAGCAACAUCCACUUUGAAGCCUACAGGGUCAAGAGGCUGAACGAGGGCCAGAGCUCUCUCUCCAACGGUGUGGCCGACAAGGAGCUGGUGGCUAACGAAAUGUAA